AAUGUGAAACGUCGCUCUGUUCGCUUUGGUAUCGUGGAGAGAGAUGAUGGUGGGCCUCCAGUGAUCCUGGGCUCAGCAUCCGAAUCCAGCUCAGAGGAAGAAGAAGAGGAAGAAGAGACACCUGAGGAUAAAGCUGAGAAGGACACCUCUGUUUCUUUGCCCGUCUACCAGCGAAUAGGAAUUCUUAAGCAGAAGGACAAUGAGAUCCAAAAGCAAGAAGAAGAACGACUGAAACAUUUAGAAUUUGAACAAAUACGGAGAGCAGAGGAGAGCGAACAGGCAAGACUUAAGUUAGAAGAGGAGCGUAAACGAGAAGAGGAAGAAAGGGAGAAAGAAAAGGCCAGGCAGAGGGAAGAGCUUAGGAUCAGGGAAGAGGAGAAACGGAGAGAGGAGGAAAGGGAAAGAGAGAGGUUGGAGGAGGAGGAAAUGGAGAGACAUCGGAAGGAAGAAUGGGAGAGAGAAAGGUUAAAAGAAGAGGAAAGGGAAAGGGAAAGGCUCAGAGAAGAAGAGAUGGAAAGAGAAAGACAGAUGGAGGUGAUGUGGCAGAGACAGAGAGAGGAGGAAAGAGAGAGGGCGAAGCAGAAAGAGGAGAGACUAAAGCGAGAUCUGAAGGAGAGAGAAGAAGAGGAGGAGAUGAAAGAGGAGAGACUGAGAGAAGAAAGAAAAAGACAGAGGCUGAGAGAGGAGGAGAGUUUGAUUAAUGAACACGAGGAACACAGAUUUGAAGGGAAACUGAGAGAGGAGGAAAUGACUAAAGAGAAACAAAGAGAGGAGGAGUGGGAAAGAGAGUGGGUGAAACAGACAGACAGUUUGAGAGCAGAGGAAGAAAAAAGAGAGAGAGAAAAGGAGUUGGAGUUGAUGUGGCAGAGACAGAAAGAGGAGGACGAAGAGAGGGCAAGGCAGAAAGAGGAAAGACUCAAACAAGAGGAGAGGGAGAAAGAAAGAUUAAGAGAUGAGGCUGAGGAAAGAGAGAGGGAGAAGCAAAGGAGGCUGGAAGCAGAAGAGAGGAUGAAGGAAAGGCAGAGACAGGAGGAGAGGAUAAGAAGGGAGCUUGAAAUGCAGAAAGAGAAAGAGGAAGAGAUGGAGAGACUAAGGCAAAUAGAAAAACAGAGAGAGGAGGAGAGAGAGAGGGCGAAGCAGAAGGAGGAGAGACUAAAGCAAGAUCAGAAGGAGAGAGAAGAAGAGAGAGUGAAGGAGGAGGAGAUGAAAGAGGAGAGACUGAGAGAGGAAAGAGAAAGACAGAGGCUGAGAGAGGAGGAGGAGAGAUUGAUUAGUGAACAUGAGGAAAGGAAGAGACAGAUAGAAAAAGAAAGAGUGGAGGAGCUGGAGAGAAAAAUGCAAGAAGAAUUUGAAAGAAAGCAAGCAAAAGAAAUGGAAGAUAAGCUAAGAAUGGACGAAGAGAGAGAAAGGAAAGAACUUGAGUUGACCAACAGGGAACGAGAGAGCACAGGGGACAAGGUUGAGUCAAAUUUGAUCAGCUUUGACUCUGAAGAUGCGCCACAGAAGUCUCAAACACCACAUUCCCUCUCAGCAAAAACGUAUGAGCCCAAAGAGAGUCAAAUAGAAGUUGCUUACGAUGACUUCUCCGUCGGCAGAAAGUCUCUGAUCGACGUGGAUUUUGAUGAUUUUUCAGUCAAACCAAAGAGAUGGGGCUCAAAGGCUAAAGCAGAAACCAGUCCGCUCGUGCAGAGCUGGGCAACCAGUCCUGUGGAGUUGCUGGUGCCCCUGAAUGUAUGGUCUCAGGAAAACAAAGUACCAGACCGCCCAGAGCCUACACCAGCUGCGGAGAGUCCAGAGGAGGAGGAGGAGGAGGAGGAGGAGGAGGAGAAGAGGCCAGAGGAGGGACAGCUGAUCUCCACAGAGGGAAGCAUGUCAGAAUGA